AUGGCCAUUAAAUCCCAAUCAUUGGUAGACUUCGUCACUGAGGUACAAAACCCCGAGCCCGGAGCCACUUGGAAGGUGUAUGUGGACGGGUCAUCUACGCGGCAGGGAAGCGACAUCGGCAUUCUGUUAAUUUCACCACAAGAAGGGCGUAUGCAUCUGUCCGUUCGGCUGGAUUACCGUGCAACUAACAAUGAGGCGGAGUAUGAGGCCCUCAUAGCUGGUUUGCAGGCCGCUUGGCAUUGGCUCUUGGGAGCCUUCGAGAUAAACAACGCAAGGCUGAAGCUGUACGCGGAGGAGGCCUUCGAAAAGCUCAAGGCCAACUUCAACGAAGUCUGUCUACAGAAACUUCCCCAAGCGGAUAACCAAGCGACGGAUGAAUUGGCUAAACUCGUGAGUUCAAUAUCACCGAUCGUCAUCCAACAACCGAUCGAGCAGUUCGGCAUUCCACGUCGGCUCGUGUCCGACAAUGGGCGGCAGUUUGUCGGCCAGCAUCUCCGAGAAUGGUGCGAGGGGUACGGCAUUCAGCAGCACUUCACCUCCGUGGCCUACCCGCAAAGCAACAGACAAGUCGAAGUCGCUAAUCGGGAGAUCCUUCGGAUUCUUCGAGUUCGGCUCGACCAUGUCGGAGGCAGCUGUGUGGACGAGCUCCCAGGCAUAUUAUGGGUCGACGACCUAGUAUGGAAGAAGGUGACGCCGAUCGGCGACGUAAGCAAGUUGAAGGCUCCCUGGGCUGAGCCCUUCAAGAUCAUCAAGAAGCUCCGAUCGAGCGCCUAUUACCUUGAAGAUGAAGAUGGGCGAUAG